UUGAUGUUGGUCACGUGAUGGUAUUUCCAGUCCUAGCUGGACUUUACUUGACUCGACUCACAUAAAUUUCGAGUUACAACUGGAUUCUGCUCACUUUGUAUCUUCUCAUUCAUCUACCGAUUCAUUCUUCAUAGCAACUAUCCACGGCAUUCUACCGUUUAACGAUAUUUCGUCAAGAAUUCAAGGAGUUACAAUUUAGAAUGGCGACUCGAAGUAUUGUGGGAGACUUGGAAAUGUCUGACCUGUUCUGCUAUAUGUAUCGCCAUGACAACAACCGUUUAAUCCCAGCAAAGAUGAAUACAUCAGUUGAACAAUUUGGAAUUGGCGAACACUAUAGUAUCAACUUGCAAGGAGACACCAUUCCUUCGUGGGACUCACUUGACAAAGCACCACAGCCGCUGUUCACUGCAGUUAGUGACGAAGCUUUGAAUCAACAAGCGUCUACGUACCCAAUGUUUAUCAAGCUGCUGAGUAACUACCAGAGUGACAGCAGUAUUCCAGAAGAAUACACAGAAGUAGAAAUCAAAGAAAUUUAUGAGUUCAUCAACAAAAUCAUGAAGACUGUUCCAAUGAAAGUUGCACAACAGUUUCUACAGUGGAAAGGAGUUGCCAGGGAUGAUUUUGAAAGGCAGCUGUUUGAUAUUUGGUUCAAGUUGUACCGAACAAAGGGUGUCAGUGCAAGAGAUGAAGUCAAUACUUGUGGCUUUGAACAUGUCUUUGUUGGUGAAUCUAGACGAGGCUUUGAACCUGGCCAGAGUGUAGUGACCGGCUUCCACAACUGGUUGCAAUUUCAUUUGGAAGAGAAGAAAGGCAAAAUUGACUACCAUGGUUACGUCAUAGACAGGAAGCCGUACGAUCCUGCUCGAAGCAGACUCAUAACAGUGAAGUUCAGGUGGAAAAAUGAUGUCAAGCGUAAAAGCAGCAUGUUCAUAGGUACAAGUCCCGAGUUUGAGAUGGCAGUCUAUACUGUUGUUUACCUGUGUGGCCACGCUGGUGAUAAUCCUCUGCUGAUCGACAAUCAUUUGGUAAACAUCAGAAUGUUUUCCCAUGAAGACCAGCUGGCUACCGUGUAUCCUGUUCUGAUGGAAGAAAUCAGGCCUUGGAUGACUUAGGAGCAUUCCGAGGAACAGGCAUGGAGUGACAUGGUUGUGUCAUUGGAUUGAAGUUUGUUCUGUCUUUGUGUUUGACCAAUGUGCCAUAUAUACAUAUAUACUAGCAUCAAUUGCUGUUAACUUUUCUAACAGCUGUUUAAAUGCAUAUGUGUUCUACUACUAUCUAUGAUACCACA